ACAACACUGGUGCGCACGGGCAGAAGAUGGCUGACGAAGCCCGUCAGGGCAAGCCCUCGGCGGCGUCGCCAGCUUCCCACGGGCCGCUGAGAAGCCGCAAGACAUCCGCCGUCCGGCGCGUGUAAAGAGGAGAGAAGUAUCGGCGACAAAACAUGGCAGAGAUGGAAAAAGAGGGCAGACCUCCGGAAAAUAAAAGAAGCCGAAAACCAGCUCACCCGGUGAAAAGGGAAAUUAAUGAAGAGAUGAAGAGUUUUGCAGAGAACACCAUGAACGAGCUGCUGGGGUGGUACGGCUACGACAAGGUGGAGCUGAGGGAUUCAGACAACUUGGAUAUGGGCGAAACACCGCAGCACAUUUCUGUCCUUAAAGAAAACUUGUUGCCAAAAAUUCCAGCUUCAAGACAGAGCAGCGCAGUUUCUCUGGAUGGAGCCAACAGAUCCCAGUCUCUGCUAAACUCCAGAAAUGGAGUGUCAGAGCACCCCACUAUACACUCCACCUCUACAACCAGCACCAAGGAACAUGGCAACCAGCCCAUCACUGUCCCAGUGAUACCCCCGCCACUGAUCAAGCCCCCAACAGAUGACGAUGCAAUCAGUGUACAGAUCAUGUGCGCCUGGUGCCAGAAGAUCGGCGUCAAACGUUACUCUCUGAGCAUGGGGAGUGAGCUAAAGAGUUUCUGCAGCGAGAAGUGCUUUGCUGCCUGCCGCCGAGCCUAUUUCAAGAGGAACAAGCUGGGAUAUAGAAGGAGUUACGCUGCGAGAGACGACGAUGGCCUCGGUGGGAAAUUACUCCAGCACAGCUUUACUCAGGACACGCCCAGGCUUGUCUUCAAGACAAACAGCGAUGUACUUGUAUGUGACUGGUGCAAGCAUAUCCGCCACACUAAGGAGUAUCUCGACUUUGGGGCUGGUGAACGACGGCUGCAAUUUUGCAGUGCCAAAUGCCUGAACCAAUAUAAGAUGGACAUUUUUUAUAAGGAGACCCAAGCAGCACUGCCUGGAGCUCUCUGUAACCCAGGACAUGGGGUUGGCGGUGAGGGUAAGGCAGAGUGCAGUGGUGUACAACUGCUCACCCCUGAAUCCUGGGGAACAUCUUUAUCAGACAUUCGCCGUAAAGCUCCCUCACCUGGAGGGGUUCCCAACUCUUCAGUUCCCUGCACUUCAUCUGCCACCUCGUCCUCAGAUGCUCUUUGCUCUCCAUCCUCCUCUUCCUCCUGUGCCAAGAUCCCCACACCUCGAGCCCAUGAAAACUCUACACUCCAACCCCCUCCCAUCCCUACUUUGCACCCAGCUGUUGGGGUCCCUCCAGGGAGUCCUCCAAUGGUGAUGACUCCCCGGGGGCCAAUGCCUUUGCCUCUAUUUAUGGAGCAUCAGAUGAUGCAGCCGAUCCGGCCGCCAUUUCUUCGUCCAUCUGUCCAUCCAGGUGGACCCAACAGUCCCCUGUCAAACCCCAUCAUCCCUGGUAUAGGUCCCCCACCUCCUCCUAGGGCUCUCGGUCCUGCUUCUAGCACCAUGCACAGACCCAUGAUGUCCCAUCAUGUCCAUCCCUCAUCCAAUCCCAAUCCUGGUAUGAUCCCUCCUCACCCUGGUGUCCACAUACCAGGAUUUCCCCCUUUCCCCCCAGUCAACAUGAUGCCCAAUGGACCCAUCCCUUUGCCACCAAUGAUGAAUUAUGGCAUGCCAUCCUUAGCCCCUUUAGUACCGCCACCAACCCUUUUGGUACCUUAUCCUGUCAUCGUACCCCUUCCAGUCCCAGUUCCCAUUCCAAUUCCAAUACCUUUCAACUCCAAAUCUUCCAGUUACCAGCCAGAAAACAGUGACCCUCUCUCCAGCGCACCUUUAUCUUCACAUGUUCCAGCAUCUGGGCUAUCUCAGUCUCCAGGACCUUCUGGAGGAGAGAGACCCAAACAAAGACAUACUGAUGGUGUACAGUGUCUCUCUCCUGGAUGCCCAGAUAGAAACAGGUCGGCAGUGAUGAACAUGACUGUGAAGAUAGAGAAUAAUAUGAGAAACAUAUGCCCAACUGGUGACAUUGAACAGCUGGAAGGAGUUAUUGAUCUAACUGUAAGCCAGAAACCAUGCCAACAGCACGUCAUUCAGAGGAUUCUGCCUAAGAUUCAUGUCAAAGUAGAGGCAGAGGUUGAGUCAAGAUCUUCACCAGUUGUUAGGCUCGAAAGGGAAGUCAAUGGCUGUCAUGAUCUAAGUGAAGGGGCUGCAUUACAGCAACCCCUCACUAAUACUGAGAUGUUGGUUGCCACCAUCAUAGAAACACUGGAAACAUCUAAUCCAUCUUCCAAUAAAAAAAGCUCUUCUUUCAACACUAAUAUUGAAACCAACAUUACCCUACCACCUGCUCUCAGCACACCAAGGACCCUACCACAACCUCUUCCACAUGUCAUUGUCAAUGGCACAGGGUGGCAUUCAUGUCAUAGUCCUACUUUAAACUCGGACAAAACAGGAGAUGAGAUCAUAUCCGAGGGAAAUGCAGGGGACCACCUAGCAAAUGGUGAGUUGGAACGAGAAGCCCUAAAAGAGAAUAACUGUUCCUUGAGAGAUUGUGAAUCUGUGAAGCGUGGAUCGACGCAAGACCAGCUGGUAGAGGCUACGGAGGGUAAGCCAGACCCUGACUCCAACUUGGAGGAGGGUGAACAUGCUUACAACCUGCCACUGUUAUCUACCGAUGGUUGUGUGGUUAUCCAGCCUGUGCCAAAGCCAGGAGCUGAAAAGACAGCCAUCCUGUCCUGUUCCAUCAGUGCACCAUUAGCAGCUGCUGGAAGCCCUGAGCUGGAGCCCCCAAUGAAGAGGAGGUGUUUGCGAAUCCGCAAUCAAAACAAAUGAGAUGGAUACUCCAAGGACCGCUGUGCCAUCCACACCACAACCCACACUGCAUACACACAAAUGCACGUGCACUUGUGCUCAUCCAAUCUACCAGCAUCACAACUCGCCUUUGACUUCUUCAAGUCAAUGAAACAUGCGUAUCAUAGAAAAGAUGACAGCACCAUGUAACUGAUGCUAUCAUGGAAAGUCUUGAGGAAUCUGUCAGUGGGACCAACUGACAGCAAAUCUCACUGCACGGUCCCAUGUACAGUAACUUCACCAAUGGUCCCUGUUGAUUCAGGUGUUCUCCCCAUGUUCUAUUAUCUAUCGAGUCCACCAUGGUGUGCAAGGCUGUUUGUUAGGAGUUAUUAUUUUUAUCCAACUGCACUGUGGUUCAGUGAAGUCACACAACACAUAGAAAUGAUUGCUGCAGUGUGUUACUGUAGCUUCACUCAGUUCUAAAAACAGAAUUGUUGCUCUCUUUUUUUUUAGGCCUUAUUAUGACAACCAGAAAAGUGCACUUGGCAACCCAACACUGUUUUCUGAUUUUGAUGGGGUAGCUGCAAAUAUCAACAGUACAGUGAAUGCACGCUGACAAAUGAGUCUAUGAAUAAUCAUACACGAAUAUUAACACAGCAAAGACGACAUCAAGGUAUUGUGCGUCCUCUGUUUUUAUCUGUGGCUUUCAUUUGUUUUGUCACUGCAUUUAGCGAAUGAAUACAGACCCCUGCUGUUUGAGAGCUGUGAAGGCAUGGCAGCCUGUAAAGGGGAGACUCCACUGCGGGCUAGUACUUUUCUAUAAUACAUUAGCAGUGCUGUUACUGUCACAGGGCCCUUUGAGAGUGAUGCUCUGAAUUGCGACAGGGCUGAGAGAAGCCAGCUUUUAUAAAUAAUUCUCUUGGCACCUGCUGAGCAACAGAAAUAUUAUUAAGAAGAAUAACAUUUCAUCUCAUCUUUUAUUUAUUGCCAAUUUGUUUAUUUGUUAAAUGCAUGUUUUAUAUCGCGGCACGGGGGCCGACUAGUUAGAGCGUCAGCCUCACAGUUCUGAGGACCCGGGUUCAAUCCCCGGCCCUGCCUGUGUGGAGUUUGCUUGUUCUCCCCGUGCCUGCGUGGGUUUUCUCCGGGCACUCCGGUUUUCUCCCACAUCCCAAAAACAUGCAUUAAUUGGAGACUCUAAAUUGCCCGUAGGUGUGACUGUGAGUGCGAAUGGUUGUCUGUUUGUAUGUGCCCUGCGAUUGGCUGGCAACCAGUUCAGGGUGUACCCCGCCUCCUGCCCGAUGACAGCUGGGAUAGGCUCCAGCACGCCCGCGACCCUAGUGAGGAGAAGCGGCUCAGAAAAUGGAUGGAUGGGCUUUGUGCCUGUGGCAGGAAAUAAUAUUUUAUCAUAUGCCAUUGGCUUGUGGUGUGUUAAAAGAAACAAAACACCUUGCUAAAUUGAAAAACAGACAGAUGAAUCUGUGUUGCCAAAAUAUCAAGUACUUACUAUAAAAUUAGAUGCCCGCUGCAUGUGACAUGACUAAAGAGCUUACAUUUUCUUAUUUAUCAUUUUUCUUUUU